AUGGGGACAGACCACUUUCUGCUCAUCCGUUCAUCCGUUGCUGGACAAAAGCAGGUGCGCUCCUGCUGUGGGCAGAAGGAGGGCUUCGGACGGGGUCUCGGCUGCGGUGGCUACGGCGUGGUACCAGGGCCUUCCCCUGCUGAGGGCAGGGCCCGGGCUGCCAAGCUCCCGGGACCUGCCGGCCGCUUCCUGGGGCCCGUGGUUCUGAAGGAAGGCACCUGGCUGGCCAGUGAGACUGCGGGCCGGGCAGUCGCUCCGGCCUCGUUCGUGCGUGGUGCAGGGUGGGACUGCGUCCGGAGACCCGAGGACCGUACGGUGACCCCUGAUAGGAGGGGGGCCGUGGGGUUUCGUCGCCAUGGAGCCUCACUCCGGGAGGGUGGACACGUCCUCUGCCAUCAAAAGGCCUGGGAGAGGCGGCAGAGCCCCACUGUGCGGGCGGGGAAACUGAGGCCGGGAUCCCCGCUGCAGAUGUGCCUGCCCAUUCGCAGCCCUGGGCUCCCUCUUCCACCCAACGCGGGCAUCCCAGAAACCUGGCCUCUGACAGCCAAACGGGAGGGCAGGACCCUGAAGGUGCAGCACCUCCGGUUCCGAGUCCCCGCGACCCCCUCCCUGAACCGCGUCACCCUCACCUGCAGAGGGCACGUGCCACUCAGGUCGGCGGCGGCGAGGUUCGGCCGGCCUCCCGCCGCCAGAGGGCGCUGCAAGCACCGCGCGGGCGCCUCCCGCCCAACCCGAGGGGUCUCACCCGCGGAGCUCGGGGUGGCCCUGCCCAACCGUCACGCUGCUCGCCACGUCGUCUCUCCCGAAGCCGGGGACGGCGAGUUCCAGGCGCUGCUGGACAUCUGGUUCCCGGAGAAGCAGCCUCUGCCCACGGCCUUCCUGGUGGACACGUCGGAGGAGGCGCUGCUGCUGCCCGACUGGCUCAAGCUGCGCAUGAUCCGCUCCGAGGUUCCUCGCCUGGUGGACGCGGCCUUGCAGGACCUGGAGCCCCAGCAGCUGCUGCUGUUCGUGCAGUCCUUCGGCAUCCCCGUGUCCAGCAUGAGCAAGCUGCUCCAGUACCUGGACCAGGCGGUGGCCCACGACCCCCAGACGCUGGAGCAGAACAUCAUGGACAAGAAUUACAUGGCUCACCUGGUGGAGGUUCAGCACGAGAGAGGAGCGUCCGGAGGCCAGACCUUCCAUUCCCUGCUCACGGCCUCCCUGCCUCCCCGACGAGACGGCGCCGAGGCGCCGAAACCCAAAAGCAGCCCGGAGCAGCCUUCGGGCCAGGGGCGGACCCGGGCUGUGACCCAGGUGCGGGUGCUCGGCCCCGAGGACGACUUGGCCGGCACAGUCCUGCAGAUCUUCCCGCUGAGCCCGGGCCCGCGGUGGCAGAGCUCCAGCGCCCGCCCCGUCGCCCUCGCGCUGCAGCAGGCCCUGGGCCAGGAGCUGGCGCAACUCCGCCAGGGGAGCCCCGAGCUGUCCGGCGUCACGGUGCGCCUCCUGCAGGCCGUCGCCACCCUGCUCGGCUCCCCGCACGGCGGGGCCCUGGUGAUGUCCAUGCACCGGAACCACUUCCUCGCCUGCCCUCUGCUGCGCCAGAUCUCCCAGUACCAGCGCUGUGUGCCGCAGGACACCGGCUUCUCGUCGCUCUUCCUCAAAGUGCUCGUGCAGAUGCUGCAGUGGCUGGACGGCCCCGCCGGGGAGGGCGGACCCCUGCAGGCCCAGCUCAAGCUGUUCGCCGCCCAGUACUCGGCACGCCGCAGGAUCAGCGAUGCACGGAGUGGGCUCCUGCGCCUCGCCGAGGCCUUGGCGUUCCGCGGGGACUCGGAGGUGGUCAACUCUACUGUCCGGGCCGUGGUCGCCACCCUCAGGUCAGGGGAGAAGUGUGGCGUGGAGCCCGAGCUCGUCGGCAAAGUCCUCCGGGGCCUGAUUGAGGCGGGGUCGCCCCACCUGGAGGAGCUGCUGGCUGCUCUCUUUGCCACCGCGUCCCCGACCUGGAGGCCCGUGGCCGUGCUGAGCUCCCUGCUGCUGCAGGAGAAGGAGCCCCCGGCCCCGGGGGAGCCCGAGGCCGACAGCUGCAGCCCGGAGACCGUGCAGCUGGGACCCUGCUCCGGGCUCCUGGUCGACUGGCUGGAGCUGCUGGACCCUGAGGUGAUCGGCAGUUGUCCCGACCUACAGCAGAGGCUGCUUUUCUCCCGGAGCAAGGGCAAAGGUCAUCCGGGCCCCCAGGUGCCAUCUUUCCGACCCUACCUGCUCGCCCUCCUCACUCACCAGUCCAGCUGGUCCACGUUGCACCAGUGUAUCCGUAUCCUGCUGGGCAAGAACCGGGAGCAGAGGUUCGACCCUUCGGCGUCGCUGGACUUCCUGUGGGCCUGCAUCCACGUGCCGCGGAUCUGGCAGGGAAGGGACCAGCGCACCCCUCAGAAGCGGCGGGAGGAGCUGGCGCUGCGGGUCCGGGCGCCAGAACUCGUCGGCCUGGCGGAGCUGAUCCUGGCGGAGGCGGAGGCCAGAAGCCAGGACGGGGACGCCGCCGCCUGCGGUCUGCUCCAGGCCCGGCUGCCCCUGUUGCUCCGCUGCUGUCGCGGGGACGACGCGAGCAUCAGGACGGUGACGGCGCACCUGACGGGCUGCGUCCAGCAGUGGGGCGACAGCGUGCCGGGCAGGCGCUGCCGGGACCUGCUGGUGCAGCUGUACCUGCAGUGGCCGGAGCUGCGGGCGCCCGUGCCGGAGGCCCUGCUGCACAGCGGAGGCGCCACGGGCAGCAGCACCUGCAAGCUGGACGGCCUCAUCCACCGCGUCAUCACCCUCCUGGCAGACACCAGCGACUCGAGGUCGUCAGAGAACAGGGUGGCCGACGCUAACAUGGCCUGCCGGAAGCUGGCCGUGGCCCACCCCAUCCUGCUGCUCAGGCACCUGCCCAUGAUCGCCGCGCUCCUGCACGGCCGCACCCACCUCAACUUCCAGGAGUUCCGGCAGCAGAACCACCUGACCUUCUUCCUGCACGUGCUGGGGGUCCUGGAGCUGCUGCAGCCGCAGGUGUUCCAGAGCGAGCACCAGGGGGCGCUGUGGGACUGUCUGCGCUCCUUCGUCCGCCUGCUUCUGAGCUACAGAAAGUCGUCCCGCCACCUGGCGCCCUUCAUCCACAAGUUCGUGCACUUCACCCACAAGUACGUGACCUGCAACGCCCCGGCGGCCGUGUCCUUCCUGCAGAAACACGCGGACGCACUGCACGACCUGUCCUUCGACAGCAGCGAUCUGGUGACUCUCAAGUCCCUCCUCGCAGGGCUGAGCCUGCCCAGUAGGGACGGCAGAGCCGACCGGGGCCUGGACGAGGAGGGCGAGGAUGAGAGCUCGGCCGGCUCCCUGCCCCUGGUCAGCGUGUCACUCUCCACCCCUCUGACCGCAGCGGAGAUGGCCCCCUACAUGAAGAGGCUCUCCCGGGGCCAGGCCGUGGAGGAUCUGUUGGAAGUUCUGAGCGACAUAGAUGAGAUGUCUCGGCGGAGACCGGAGAUUCUGGGCUUUUUCUCGACCAGUCUACAGCGGCUGAUGAGCUCUGCCGAGGAGCCGUGUCGCCACCUGGCCUUCGGCCUGGCCCUGCGCUCCAUCCAGAACAACCCCAGCAUCGCGGCGGACUUCUUGCCCACGUUCAUGUACUGCCUGGGCAGCCGGGACUUUGAGGUGGUGCAGACGGCCCUCAGGAACCUGCCAGAAUACACCCUCCUCUGCCAGGAGCACGCGGCCGUGUUGCUGCACCGGGCCUUCCUGGUGGGCAUGUACGGUCAGAUGGACACCAGCGUCCAGAUCUCCGAGGCCCUGAGGAUCCUGCACAUGGAGGCGGUGAUGUGAGCCCGCGCGGGGGCCCGUCUGCUGGCCGCCCGGUGGUUCCGGGUCAGGCAGGGCGCCGAGCCAGCGCCGGGCCCGGCAGGGGCAGCGUCCGGGGCCCGCGGCCCCGCGCAGGAGGAUGCCGCCGCCCCGGGGAGCCUCGGAGAGGGGCUGCAUUUAAAUAAAACGUUGUGAAU